AUGUCGUUCUCGACUACGCUGUACAACACCUUCUUCAAGCGGAACAGCGUGUACGUUGCUACCGUAUUUGCUGGCGCAUUUGGAUUCGGUAUUGGGUUCGACGUUGCCUUGAACUCUUUCUAUGACCGCUGGAACAAGGGGAAACAAUGGAAAGAUAUUCGUCAUAAAUACGUUGAAGCUGCUGAAGAGUAG